ACAACAGGAGCAAACACAUUGAAACAUGAAUUAGAACUUGGGAAAUGUGUGAUAAAUAAGCAAUCAAGUGUAAAUUAAGUGUGAUAAUUGACUUGACCGGUAAAUAGAGAAGGAAAAAAACAUGUCGUCAGAAGCAGUUAUCAAAUCGGUGUCUCAAAAACUAAAACACUACUUCGAAGUGAAACGGCUCGAAGAUGGUUUUGAUCUUACAGGACCGUAUUCGCCUACGAUGGACCAUCCACCGAUGAAAGCACGCUCAACCCUCCAAUAUGAUGGUCUACAUGAUAAGCCGGUCAAAAAAUACUUCAGUCCACUCAAAGUUAGAGUAAAUUUAACACAAAUGAAAUGUCCCGAGGGUAAGGCAGAAAGACAAGAUCAAAUCCGAUCACUAGUCACAAGAUACAUGGACGAUUCCAACUUUGUGAAACGCUAUUUGUCCCAACAAAAGACGGAAGAGGAUCCCUAUCUCAAGCACCCCACCAUGCCCGAGUAUUCAUACUACCAUACGCCAAGAGGUCGGAAACUUCGGGUGGAAUACCAAGGACAUGGGACUGGUUCACUUAGGAAAAAGAGGAAGCCCUACAAUGGUGGCUACCCCCUUCUCAGAUCUGUCGCCCCUCACACCAUUUCAAAAGGCGAGGCAGUGAGGCUGGUAAAUGUUGCAACAAAAUUACUUUUAGCUACGGAAACCUAUGACAUGAAGAGCGGCAAGAGCUCACGUAGCAGCAGCGCAAAUGGAGGGUUACCACACCUGAGAGUGAAAAGACCAUCGACUGCCAAGGCAGCAUACACUAGACCGUCUCAUGAUAUUGAUGGGAGGAAGAUGGUGCAACGCAAGAGUAAAGACGAUAGUGACCUACUUGAUGACAGUGGCUUCUCGCAGUCCCCUGGAGCUGGAUCUGGGAGCCAACCAAUGGCUGCUUGGCUGAGAAAAGAAAUCCAAAAGUUAGAUCGCCAGGAUGGCCAGCCUGUUGAGAACAAGUUUGUGCACCCUGCCCCCCAACGGAGACCAAGAUCUGCCCUAAGGAGGAAGCCCCUUGCUGACCCCUUGGAGAACCAAGGGACCCAGACCCGAGAAGAUGCGUCUGUGCAGACUGAGGGGAAACUUUUGGAUGAAUACGACCAGAUGGAAAGGAUAGUAAUGUCUGGUCCCCAGGCCAAAUACAGGGUAUAUGUGAGAACUGGGAGCAAGCUUGGUGCCAGUACUACAGCAGACGUCUUCAUUACCUUGUAUGGAACAAAGGGAAGAUCGGAAGAGAUACUGCUAGGAGAAUCUAAGAAUCAUAAAUGUAAAUUUGUUAAAGGCCAGGAAGACGAGUUUCACUUCACAUACUUCCAUGUCGGUGAGAUUAAGAAAAUACGGAUUGGUCACAACAGGACUGAAUUGGGUUCUGGUUGGUACCUCGACACUUGCACGGUCAACGAUCUUCAUGAACGAGUCAGUUACAGAUGUCGUUGUGAACGCUGGUUGUCGUACAGGGAUGAGGACGGCAAGACGAAGCGAUACUUCCCUGUGGACACCACACGGAACAUUCCUCCAGAUUCUGAGCUCACGGAGAGCGAGACAAACUAUUCUGUCUCAAGUCGUCGUUCAUCCACCUCGUCCUAUACAAGCAUCGAAGCUGGCCACAGCAACAAACAAUUGGGAGCAACGGCCUAUUUCAAUUCAGAAACUUCAUCCGAUACGGAGACUGAGAGUGAUAUCGCAAGGGUCGACAUACGAAGUGAAAGCACUCUGCGGACAAAAGAACCAUCCAGCUCGGCAAAGUCUUCAACCAUUCAAUCAAGUUCGAAACCCAUUACAGAUUUUUCGUCCAAUAAAGCUCAGGUUUCGUCCAGAUCUGAUGAGAAGGCGGGUAAUGAUGACAGUAGUAGUGAUGUACCCGUUGUGAUGCCCAUCGAGGAACCUACCCUGAGUGUCAAGGAGAAAUCGGGCAAGAAGGACAAGAAGAAAGAUUCUGAUGAUUACAUGGAAGGAUUCAAGAAAAAGGGAAAGAAACGCUCGUCUAAGAAGGCUGGUGUUAAUGCCGCUCGCCGAUCUGAAGAUGAGAAGGCCCGCCAUCUGGAGGAAGAACAGAGCAAAAUCUCACACGGUGCCUGUAUUCACGAGGCAUCAAAGAUCGGAGAUCUGAGGCGUGUGAUUGUCCUCGUCAAUCAUAAACCAGAGCUUAUUGAUGCCAAGGAUGAAAGAGGAUCCUCUGCCCUCCAUCUUGCUGCUGCCUUUGGACACAUAGAACUUGUGAAGUGGCUGGCGAUCAACUGUGCCGAUCUGAAUGCUGAGACACCCACUGGGUACACCCCUGUCCACGUGGCUGCACUGAAUGGACAUACACAAUGUGUUAUGACAUUGUCUGCAAUGGGAGCUACGGUUGAUCCGGAAUCCAUAGACAAGCAGACACCACUUCAUCUUGCAUCUAUGAGUGGACGCCUGGAGACUUGUAAGUGGUUAGUCUCGAACGACGCUGACCUCGAUGCAGAGGAUAACAUGGAGCGCACGCCCCUGGAACUGGCCGAGGAAUAUGGUCACCAGGAUUUGGCCAACUUCUUGCGUACAGUCAAGAAGGAGAAACAGGAUCCCAAGAGUGGUUACUCUCUGAUGAGGAGUAGUGAGAAAGCUCCCAUGAGCACCAUUUCUGAGGAAAAGAAGGCUGGUGGCUCAUCUGCUGGCACCAGCAGCUCCAAGAAGGCUGAACUUGAAAGAAUUAGAGAUGAGGAAAACUCAGUUGUUAGUUCUCGUUCUGACGAUUCUGAGAAAACUCCGCGCAUUGACCCAGGGUCUGAAGCAUCGGAUACGGAACGCACUGAACGUCAGAAACAAAAACAGCAAGAGGAACUGCAGGCAAACUACAAAAUGUUGAAGGAGAAGAGAAAACAGUACACAGAACAAAAGAAAAAGAUGGACGUCAAUCACACAAGUUUCUUGGACAGCAUCAGGGAUGAGGCUCUACAUGGAGAUGAGUGGAUCUAAAUACGGAUGCUAUUCUGUUGGAUAUAAACAUUUUGAGGAAGAAUGUCUCAAGUCCAACUGUAUUUGAUCCUUUCUCAUAUCUAUACAUUCACUGAUGGGAAUACUAUUGUAUGGUGUCAUGCGUGCAACAGAUGUACAUGAAGAAUCAGCUUGCCCUUGCUGGUUCAUUGUAUAUUGGCCGUAGCCCCAGAGACGUUUUGGCGUAAUCUGGUUUUGCAAGAGAGGUAUAGUGAAUAUGGAAAUGAUUAAGAUCAUUUUGGGUGAUUUGUCUGUAGUUAGAUCCUAAUUUACUAAGAAUCAUGUAUCAGAUGAGUAAAUUAUGGAUCAAACAUACAUCAUGCCUGGUGCCCUUGUACAAUUAUCAUUUGAAUGGCAGAGAAAACUUGUCAUCAGGAAGUUUUGAUCGAAUCUCAAAUUUGUAAAUUUGAAAAAGGGUAUAUUAAUCAUAUUGUGAGUUAUAUCAAAGUUUGAUGAAGUGAAUAUUUAAAUUCCAAGCCAAGUGUGACUGAAAUAAAGUUUUAUGCCUGUUGAGGUUACCCUUUGUGAUGUGCCCUUAUAUCUACCGGUGCCCAAUCUGAGGGUAAAGUAUGUCUCGCCAAAUGAGAGCACUGGCAAUAACAAAGUUAUUAGUUAUAGUAUAUCAUCAUAGAGGUAGGCCCAGUGUAGUUAAAGUUGGCAGAGCUUUGCCAAAAUAUAUAAAUGCCAUUCUUUUUCUUGGACACUGUGAUACAACAGACAUUAAUGUUGUGUGUGAACCAAAUUCUUCAAAUGUAUCUAUACUAGUGUAAAUAUUAGAAACACCAGCACUUUAUUAGAGUCUAAUACCUCAUGAACUGCUGGAGAACUUAUCAUAGGCUGCAGUAGCUAUUGCACUUACAAAAUAUUUUGCACAUGCAUAGACUGUAAAAAUGUUGUUCUGGUACUUAUUAGAUAAUUAAUUGAACUGUGUUAUGGUGCCUUCUAAACUGGUAUUCAUUAUGAUUCAUAAUGCCAAUGGAAACUAAGACUACAGACUAAGUAUAAAUUACUUAAUAUUUGUUAUUUUAAUUUCUAAGCUGGCUUUCAUUAAAUAUGGUGUACAUGUACUGUAUUUUGUAUCAUGACAGAGCUGUUACAUUUCUUCUAAUUAUGUUAUGCAGUUAUUCAUAAAUCAGUGCAAAAUUACUAUGCAAAAAAGGCAUGCACUUCCAAAUCUAGCCGAGUAAAAACCGGUAUGUGGACUAUUACUCUUUGAUACAUCGACAUAUGCAUGUGAUAGUUUUUAGAGUGGUAUAGUGGUUUGAGUGCAAGACUCCUAAAUGCAAGAUCAUGGGUUCAAAUCCUUUCCUUAUUGUUCAUCCAUCUGAAGAUAAGUUGCUUUGUAAUUUUGACCAUAUUGGCUUUGUUUUGUGUAUGUGAUAUGUCUAAAUGCUGUGAUAUCAUUCGUUUGCUGCUAGCAGGCAAUUGUCUGAGAUGUAAAUGUAUUCAAUUUAUUGUAAUGGCGAGGUCUUUUUGUUAGAUUUAUUGCAUAUUUUAUGUGAUAUGACUGUUUGCUAAUACCAAGAAUUUAUAAAGACUAGUCUUUAUUAAUUCUUGCUAAUACAUGUAGUCCUUUACGAUACCUUGGAGCAAUCAUGUUUAAAUCCAUCCAUUUCACAACAGUUUAAGACUUUUUGUAUAUUCGUUUAUUAUCAGGAUCCGUCCACAUGAUGUGAGCUUUCUAGUUGUUAAGAGUCAAAAUCUAUGUACCUUCUGUCCUCAACGUUGGGAGGGGGUUGUUCAGAAUGUCCAGAAAUGAUCAUCUCAUGCAGUUAGUGGUUAACAAUCAAGUGAGAAGAUUGUUCUUGAGUUGUGAAAGACACACUGGUGAAUCAGUUUCCAACACUAUGGGAAAGGUCUUAUUUGGCUUAUCACCUUCUCGGGCAAGGUCAUGACCUCCCAAUUAUCUUGCGAUAGGUACGUCAGGAAUUGAAAAUUGGCAGAACUACAGUUCCCACAUUAGUGGGGUGACUAAUUUUCCAGUGAGAAGGGUAUCAAUGUCAUAAUAUUUGUUUUACAAUGCUUUUAGUAUCUAUGUAGUUGUAAAUCAUGCUUCAAUCUCCUGCACUUUAAAUUUACGAUUCUAUUUUCUAAUAUUACAAAUAAAGCCAUUUUAUGAAAUAAAA